UUAAAAGAGGCGGGGUUUGCUACUGCACACACUAUGUCCCUCUUCUGCAACCUACUCGCGCAGUGACUCUGUGACAGACGGGACAAAGUGUUGUCAAUCAUCUCGUAUUGGGUGUGCUUUCACGGUUUAGAGGCAGGGUUUGCUAUUGCGCAGUUUUCAGUCUUGUAAACAUACUUACUGUAUCAUAGUUGGCUGCAUCCUUUCAAAGAGUUGUCCCGAUAAUGGGAGGGAUAGACUGAUAUAUGGCAGUUACUGUCGAGAUCGGAGGCAAGAUCCGGGGAUUAUAAUCUGUUACUGUGAAUCUUGAGCUUUUAUAUGUGCCUGAAGAUGUGGAAAGACAACAGUGGAAGAAUUUCUGCUCUGACCCGUGCACAGGCUCAGCUUUCUGGUCAGAGAGUUCCUACCAACAGUGGAAGAAGUUCUGCACUGUCUCGGGCACAAGCUCAACUUUCUGGUCAGAGAGUUCCUGUCAGGUCCACAGACAAACUGCAGGAAUAUGCAAGUAUACUGGAGAAGAAAACUAGUUCUUUAAAACUCAGAGAUGUGCAGUCUGGGGAGUUCAGUGACCUAAGCGAUGUUUCUCUAGAUACAAACGACAGUAAUGAAACUAAAGAAAAUAGUUUCCUUAAAACCGUAUCUAAUCAAGGUAUCGUCAUUAACGAAAAUCAUUCUGGCAGUAGAUUUUUAAAGAAAAAGAAAAAUGAGGAACAGAAGCAAACUAUUAACUUGGACAAAGCACUAGUACCAAUUGACACAAAAAAGCCAAGAGAUAACCUUACAAGGUUCCAGUCGUCUAGUGCUGCUUUAUCCAGACUGGUACAAAUAGAAAACAAAAUUGCCAACAGGAAACUGAAAAUGUCUUUACCUGAUACUGAUUCUGAGAUCUGGACUUCAGAUGAGCGACCUUUUUCAGCACGAUCUAGUAGUGAGUUGAGUGCAAGGGGCAGUCGUUUUUUAAAGCGGAAAUCGCCAGCAUCAGUCUCCACAGAUGUUGCCAGUGCCAUACAGACUGGACAAUCUCCUACUAAUCAGAGCGUGAGACCUACAAGAGAAAGCAAAAGUGUGGUUAUAGACAGUGAUGAAGAGGAAAUGAAAAUGCUUAUAGGUAGUUCCCUGGAAUAUUCAGAAGAAGAUCAUGUUGUUGGUUUCAGGAAACCAGCCUUCUCCAAAAGCUUUGUGCAUCAUAAAAAGCUGGGAACUCCAUCAAGAACUCCUUCACCACCGACCAGAAGACCCUCUUUAAAAAAUCUGUCCAGAACACCAUCCCCACCUAGCAAAGGAUCUCCAAGGCGGACAGCUUCAAGAAGUCACUCUCCUUCACCACGUAUCAGAAGGCUCUCAUUGAAAACUUUGUCCAGAACCCCAUCUCCACCUAGCAAAAGAUCUCCCAGGCAGACUCCUUCAAGAAGCCACUCUCCAUAUCGACCUCCCUCAACUCCCACAUCUCCAGGUAGUCGAGGUUUCUUGAGAUGGUCACAACCUACAAGCUACUCUGCAGGCAAAGUUGUUUCCAGGAGUCCUUCAUCCAGCCGAAACUCCCCUGGCAGGACACCAUCUCCACGUGUAAGGUUUAUGAAGCAAACACUGACCUCGUUCAACAGAAGUGACAUUAAGUCUCUGGAUGAACUAUUUUCUGAUGCAUCUAUAGCUGAGGAGGUUAUCACUGAAAACAGCAUUGGCUCCAGUGAUUUCAGACCAAACAUUUUGUCUCUUGAUGAGUUGGUACCUGACUCCCGCCAGCCUGCAGAGAGAAAGUCCGGAAGAAACUUGUCACAGGAUAUGAAAAAAAAUAGACACACUGCAGAGGUACCUAGUAAUUCGAAAAAGUCUCUUUUUCGAGGUUCAAGUUCUCAUACUAUGGCUGGCCCCCAUCCUCCAUUUGAUGACAUAAGGAAGCAGUCAGUGCCUGAGAGCGACAGUGAAACAGAUAUCUCUGAGCAUCUGAGCAGUUCUAAAGCAACAGCCAGAGAGAGCAAGCUAUCUGCCACAGCACAGGAUCACUCGGAGAUGGAUGGAAGCAUUGAUUCAUACUAUUCAGAUGAUUUUGAAACUUCAGCUGGAAGGACGUCUGCAGAAGCAGUCAGAACUGAGACUACUUUCCAAAAGUCUCAAAGAUCCAAAUCAGCAUACUCCAGUGACAAUUCUGAUGGUUCAGAGUCACAGAGCAGUACAUCUUUCUCUACAUCCAGUCUUCAAAACUGUGCUGCAUCACAUAUAACUCUGCAAAAAGAAAAGAUAAAGCAGCAAACAAAGACUGCUGUGAAAGAAGUAGCAGUGCAGACACAGACUCCUGGAUUUUCUUACAGUUGGACAUUUGAUUCAGGUAGUGCUGUUCUUGGACCACCGUUGGGAAGUGCUUACGUGGAUCCAGUUCCUAUUGCUAGCCAUGUUUUGAGUCCUGAUGCAGUAGAAGCUCUCACAGCAUAUAACCCUUCAAUAUUUGCUCUGAAUGACAUGCUGAAACAGCAGAUAGCGUUGACCCAGCAGUUUGUGCAAAUUAGCAGACACCUUCAUUCAUCACUACUGGAAUCCCUAGAACAAGAAAACUACCAUUACAUCACGCUAAAGGAAACUAAAGAGUUCAUAGCAUCUCACAAGCCAGCCCCACUGACAUUCGACCAGGCAUUGAAAGAAGUGUUUCAAGAAAUGAAGGAAUAUCACUACAUUCCUUGAGACUGCCAAGGAUGGUGCAGAAAUUAUUUCUAGAAGACUACAAAAUAAAACGUUUCAAUGUAUCAGUAUUGAUGUUAUGAUUUUUGUAUUUGUAAGAAUAUAUUAUUUGAUUUUUUUUUUAGUUUCUUUCCAAGAAAAAACAAGUCUUAAUGACAGCUGAAUUUGGGAGCUCUUGGCAGCUGAAUAACUUUAGUCUAAUAUUUGAAUAUUGUUGAUCCAGUCUGCACAGUAUAAUUGUUGGCAUAGACACCACGGGUGCCUUCCUAUCUGCAAUAGUUAGAAUAUGUUGUAAGCUCAAGCUCCUCCCCUUGUAUUCCUGUCAUGCAUUGGUGAUGUUCAUCAUUUCAUCACUGCUGUAGUAGCCUUAGCUAUAUCGGUUAUGGCCUGCAUGGAAUAUAAUAGCUAGUCCGCUUGCAAAGUUUCAGGGCACCUUUGACGUGACCAGACCGUUGACAGUUAGAGAAAUACUGUAGAAAUCUGGGUGCUAAGCCCUUCAGGGCUUUCCUGCCGCUGAAGGGCACUGCUCUUGUGGGCUUUCAAGAAUCAGUGGUUGACUAGCAGUUCUCCAUUCCACAACAGAUUAAGUAAUUCCAUUUUCCCUCAGUUUCCCAGGCAUGGAGUCAUAGAUUUGGAACCCAUCAAAACACCACUACUGACUUUCCUGCACUUACACCCAUGGAGCAUACUUCACCUAUGAACAGUCAACACAGUGAUGAUAUUAACACUGAGAAUCCCCCUUUGGACCCCCCUUUUACCUCUCUGUUCAGAAAGAAUACAGGCAAGGCAGCACAAUAAGUACUGGAAUCAGUGUUUCCAUAAAAAAACACCCAAGAAGGGUCAGAUACAGUGGUAAAACCAGAAAUUCAAAAACAGCAAUCAAAGGUAACUUUUGAGAACCCCAUUUUGUGUUCAUAUGGUUCGCAGUGUGCAUUAAUUGCCAAUAGUAAGGGGAUUUUACAAUGUACAAUUAUACUGCUUACUGUAUAGGUUCAGAAUGUACGGAUUUGUUUGAACGUGGACUAACUUUUCUUCCCACUAAACAUACUAAUGUGGCAAAAUUCUUAAUGGAUUUU